AAGAAGAAGACGGCGUUCCGAACGGUCGCGUUUUUUCAUGUUCUCCGCUCCAAAGGAUUUAUCGGCCCCUGGCCGAGGUGCUGCUCAGGCGUCAGCCAGCAGCAAUGACUACCGUAUUGUGCUACCUCGUCUUCCUACCGGUAAGCUGGUUGUGGACUCCGUUUUCCUGCAUGCUGACUUAGCUGGUCGACCGUACAGAGCCCAAGACUUCAGAGACGCCCUUCGGAAUGUUAUUGACCUAAAGGAAAUAAGUUCCAUUGGCCAAUUUCAGAUGUCGCACGUGUGGAUGGUGACGUGCAAGUCACCAAUGGCAAAAUCAAAUCUAGUCACGUGCGGGGAUUUAUCAGUGAAAGGAAGACGCUGCAUCGUCAUGGACCCUGAGCCCACGGAAGUAAAAAUGAAGCUUUUAUGGCUACCUGAGCGUUUGGAAGACGCCUACAUUCGAGAUUCACUCCAGGCUUACGGGAAAGUGAAAUCUAUAUCAGCAGAAAGCUGGAGAGUAUCGGAGAUGGAAGAAAUGCGUACUCUAAAUUGUGAUGUGGUGUUGUCUCUUGCUGACGGAGUAGGUGUGGGUGACGUUCCACAUCUACUACCUGUCUGUGCAGUGCAGAGCCUUGUACUGAUUCCAGGCAGACCCCCGCUUUGUCUCCGCUGUAACAAGGUCGGCCACAUUCGUCACAACUGCAGAACUCCACGUUGUGAAGACUGCCGGCGCUUUGGCCACACAGCUGAAGAAUGUGUGGUAACAUACGCCGACAAGUUACGACAUAGGACACGACCUCCAGACGAAUGCGUGCAAGAACACAUAAUGGACGCCACAGAGGUUCUCGACGCGACCGGAGAUGUUCCUUCUGCCGCGGAGACCAGUUGUGCCGGCAAGUCUCGUCUAGAUGUAAAAGACAAUGUCAUCGCACAACCACCCAAGGACAAGGAAGGUAGCAAAGCGACAGAUGAUCAGUCCAAGCAACAGUGCAAUGUGGCGCCCGUAAUCACACAGCCAGUUCCUGCCCAGCAAGCUAAAGAGGCAGCCGAAAAUGAAUCAUCUGCUUCACCCAAGUUUCUCGACACGUGCCCUGUGCUGGCAGAGGACAAGCGAACUGCUAUGAAGCUCUUGCAAGAGCAGGCGGGCCACACGUGUGACGCAAGCUUCGCGGGUGUCGGACCGACGGUGCAAUUUAUGGACACCGUGCACCGCUGGUUCGUGCUCAUGGACGUGAGUCAUUGUACCCAGCACAUACAUCAGAAAAAUGCUGACUGCAAGCAGUUUGAAUCUGCAGGCGACGAACGACUAAUCUGGCUGGAGACAAGCUUCCUCGACUACCUGGCCGAUCUCAAUAGUCAGUGCCUGGCAAAGAACUUUCUAACCAAAGAGACUUAUGAGGGUCUUGUGAUCACAACUCGUUCGAACGUUGAGUGCAUUAGAUAUCUUCUUGAAGAGAUGUCUUUUCACUUCGUUUUGACGAGGAAAAUGUCAUCGGACCCAAUCGAGUCGUUCUUUGGCUGGCUCAGGAAAUCAGCAGGAUCAAAUGACCAAACGGACGUCCGCGCCGUGCUCACAGGCAUUGAGAAAACCCUCAAGACCGGUGUCGCAUCGGCGUCGUGUACAAGCAACAUAAUGGCAGCAGGAGAGUGA